AUGAAUUCAGAAUUAUUAGAAAAUGAAAUAUAUUAUAAUGAAAACGAUGAACUCUGUUUAAAUUGUGGUAGUCUUUAUACACAUGUAGAGGAAGAUAAUGGAUUUAUUCGGUAUGAUGAGGUUGUCGCUCUAAAAUGUUUGCAUGAUUCAGAAGAUAUUAAUGAGAGUUUUUUAAAUGAGGUUGGAUAUUAUCCAGUCGAAUUUCAAGAUAAAGGAUUGGAAAUAAAGGAUGAAAUUUUAGAUCAAGUAAAAGUUUAUGAUGAAUAUUUAUCAAAACUAGCUGCUGAUAAACAAAAACAACGUCUAAACAAUUCACAAGCUAUAUAUACUAGUAGAAUACUUAGGUAA